AUGAAGCUUCCAAUAACCCUAUGGUCACUCUGCGCGACCCUAGCCUAUUCCUCAUGGGUUCCCACAUUAUCAGAGUUACCUCGAGACCAUGAGCCACAUUGGCAGAAACGUAUAAGUCGUCGUCAAGGAAACUCCUCUACAGAAUGGCCCCACGGUCCCUUUAGGACAAAAGGCAGAGACGUCGUCAACAGCCGAGACGAGGUGAUCACUUGGGCCGGUGUUAAUUGGCCAAUGAGUGGUGAGACGAUGAUACCAGAAGGAUUAGAAUGGAAAUCUGCCGAGGCAAUCCUGGAUGACGUUGUUAGCGUUGGCUUCAAUUUCCUCCGUAUGGGAUAUGCGAUCCAAAUGGUCGACGAAAUAUAUGAUCGAGGAGGCGAGGACGUGCCCCUAGAGGUUGCCAUGAUCAUGGCUCUAGGUUAUGAGAACGGUACAAAAGUCACCAACGGCAUUAUUUCCAAGAAUCCUACUUGGACCCGUGAGACAACUCGUUUUGAGAUCUGGUCUGAUAUCGCCAGCAUCGCCGCAUCCAAAGGCGUAUAUAUCCAUCCCGAUGUUCACGUUGGCAAAGCGCAGUGGUGUUGCAGCCAUACCGACGGAAACGCCUGGUUUGACGACGUGAACUUUAACGCUUCCAACUGGCGGAGGGGACUCUCAUAUGUGGCAACCUGGGCUAAGGACCAUCCUAACGUUGUCUCUAUGUCACUACGAAAUGAGCUGCGCGAAUCCUGGAACCACACUGACUUGUAUUACAACUGGGAGACACUCGUGGGUAACAUGAGCAUGGGAGCCGACGCAAUUCACGAGGCCAACUCAGACCUGCUCAUCACCUGGUCGGGUAUGCAGUACGAUGAGGACCUAUCGGCCUUGACGACUAAGAAGAACAUUCUUACGGCUCCCUGUUAUAAGUGUACGGCGAUUCGCGACGCAUACCGCCGCGACCCUGUCUACUUUGACCUUGAUAGCUACCCGUGGGCAGACAAGAUCGUGUGGGAGCUACACUUAUAUCCGAUGAGCGAGGACGUAGACACGGGAACCUGUGAGGUGAUAGAAGCAGGCCUGUACCGCAACGGCUUUAAUGCCCUAGGUAUCGAUAAACCAUCCGGAUGCAACAUUACUGGAGACUGUCAGUCAACGCAGCGACUUACGCCCGUCAUAUUCUCCGAGUUCGGCAACGCCCAGGACGCCACGCUAUACAACAGCACGGUACAGAACUGUAUCCGCGACUUUACCAAGAAACAUAGCAUCGGCUGGAUGAUGUGGAGUUUGGCAGGCAGCUAUCGCGUCCGAUCUGGUGUUCAGAACUUCGUUGAUACCUGGGGCUUGACUAAUGCAGAAUGGUCUGCCUGGAAGGACCCGGAUACGAUCGAGAAUUACUGGAAGCCAUGGGUUAGGGAUAUGAAUCUGACGAGAGCUAAAUAA